AUGAAGCACUGUGAAAAGUACCACAGGCCUCACCUCAAAAAGGAUGUGGACAGAAUGGAGUGGGUGCAGAGGACAGCAAUGAAGAUGAUCAAGGGGACGGAGACCAAACCCUAUGAGGAAACACUGAGGGACUUGGGAAUGUUCAAGGAUGGACACACACAUCAGUGGACGGUUUAUGUUAAACCCUAUAGAAAUGAGGAUAUGUCUGCCUAUGUAAAGAAAAUUCAGUUUAAGUUACAUGAAAGCUAUAGUAAUCCAUUAAGAGUGGUAACUAAACCACCAUAUGAAAUCACUGAAACUGGAUGGGGUGAAUUUGAAAUUAUCAUUAAAAUAUUUUUUAUUGAUCCUAAUGAGAGACCUGUGACUCUGUACCAUUUGCUGAAGUUGUUUCAGUCUGAUACUAAUGCAAUCCUGGGGAAGAAAACUGUAGUUUCUGAAUUCUAUGAUGAGAUGAUUUUUCAGGAUCCUACUGCAAUGAUGCAGCAACUCUUGACUACAUCUCGUCAAUUGACACUUGGUGCAUAUAAGCAUGAAACAGAAUUUGCCGAUGUAGAAGUAAAAACUCGGGAAAAGCUAGAAGCUGCCAAAAAGAAAACCAGUUUUGAGAUUGCUGAACUUAAAGAAAGAUUAAAAGCAAGUCAUGAAACUAUAAACUGCUUGAAAAAUGAAAUCAGGAAACUAGAAGAUGAUGAUCAGUCCAAAGAGAUAUGAUACCUGCAGUCCUUCUAAGGAAAUAAUCAUGGAUCUAAUUAUGGGUCCUCAGAUUUUGUAGGGUCAACUGCAUAUUAUGGUUUUAGGCAUUUCUUUGCAAGGGGAGACCACUAUGUGCCAUUUGUUUUUAAGUAAUAUUUUCAUAGUUCAAAUGAAAGAUGUUUUAUCACUUAUUUUAAAUUAAACUAUUACCUCCAAACUGAAAAACUU